UGAUGAUGAUGAUGAUGAUGAUGAUGAUGAUGAUGAUGAUGAUGAGGAUGAUGAUGAUGAGGAUGAUGAUGAUGAGGAUGAUGAUGAUGAUGAAAGAAAUCCUUUUAUGCGUGAAUGUAAGCAUGCAUUUAUUUAUUUAUUUAUUGGUAUAUGAGUCUUUGUGGAAAUAAAAAUCACUUUUCCUUGUUUGGGGAAACGAACAUGCUGUCAAUUCAGUGCUGAAGUUAAGGUUUUUUUUUAUUUCCAUCCAUGUGACUUGAAAACUGCUUGCUAUUGGCUGCAGCCGUCAUUACAAAUACACUCCACUUGGUAGGACUGCAGACCUGUGUCUCAUAUUUACACAACACACGGACCAAGCCAAGUAACACUGUCAGCGCACAUAUAUAUAUAUGUAAUAAUAGUAACAACAGCAGCAGCAGCAGCAGUCACUGUACUCUACAACAGGAUACACACAUUUCUCAUCUAAACGACAUAACAUAACACGGGAGGAUUUAUUGACACAUAAUUUGUCGGCAGUUGUGUGAAUGUAUUUAUUAAAAAGAUAAAAUAUUUAUGGCCUAAAUCACACAGAAAAUGUUGCUGGUUGUCAUUAAAAUCUUGCUUUUCAUGCAAACCUGCUAUUGUGUUGAUUUCAUCUAUUACGUGAAAGAAGGAAUGAGUGCCAACACUUACCUUGGAGAUAUCAGUGUUGACACUCAUAUGAUGGACAGUAUUCCAGUCGAGGACUAUAAGUCAAUUAGCUUCAGUCAAUUACAGAAAGAAUUGACAGAAAGCUCUCCACUAUUCAAUGUUACAAAAGCUGGGAAACUUUAUACUGCACAGACACUAGAUGCUGAAGCUCUCUGUAAAUAUAAUACAGAAUGUUUCCAAAUGGUUGACAUUGCUGUUCGGAGAAGAAAAUCUUUUGUGAAAAUACUUGAAAUAAAAGUAAUAAUAGAAGAUGUUAAUGAACACCCACCAGAGUUUCCAAAUAAAACUAUUAGCAUUCAGUUUUCUGAGAGAGAUGGCAGAGGUUCAAGUAUAUCCUUACCUAAUGCAGUCGAUAAAGAUGUCAGUGUUUUAAAUUCCCAGAUUAUUUAUCAUUUGAUAAAAAAACAAGAAGAACCUUUCAAACUUGACGUCUCAAAACGUGUGGACGGUUCCUAUUCUCUGAGAAUCACUUUAGAAAAUAAAUUAGACAGAGAAAUGCAAGAUACAUACAACUUGAAAGUAGUUGCAAAAGAUGGAGGCACUCCAUCUAAGAAAUGUGUCUUGAAUGUUGAAAUAACAGUCUCCGAUGUCAAUGAUAGUCCACCAGUAUUCUCACAAAAUGUCUACAAUGUUACAGUGAAUAAAAGACAGAGAAAUACACCAAUCAUUACUCUGUCAGCAACUGAUCUUGAUUCUGGUCCAAAUGGGAAUAUAUCUUACUAUUUCAGUUCAAAAACAACUGAUAUUGCGAAAUCGUAUUUCAAAUUGCAUAGAAGAACUGGUCAGAUCUAUCAACACGAGGACUUUAGUCCAGAAAAAAAGCAGACUUAUAAGUUAUUUAUUGAGGCUAAAGAUGGAGGCAAACCUCCACUCAGCUCUAUUGCAAUGGUUUUAGUAAAUGUUAUUAACCAGCAAAAUAAUGCUCCAGUAAUAGAUAUAAAUUUCUCAGAAUUAACUGGAAAUACAGCAACAAUAUCUGAAGCAAUGGAAGUUGGCAGCUUCAUUGCAUAUGUGAAAGUUGUUGACAAUGAUAUUGGUUUGAAUGGACAAGUGACAUGUGACCUCCAGCAUAAUAAGUUCACUCUCCAGAGUCUUGGUCAGAAAAGAUACAAAGUAUCAGUGAAAAAAGCAGUUGAUCGUGAGACUGAAAGUCAAAUCAAUUUUACCAUUUCAUGUAAAGAUAAAGGAUUUCCAUCUCUGAAAACUGAAAGAAAGUUCUCCAUCCAAGUAAUGGAUGUUAAUGAUGUUCAGCCACAAUUUACAAAAGAUGUCUAUAAGUUUUUAACUUAUGAAAAUGAGAAACCAAACUUUCCAGUUGGAUUCAUAAAUGCUACUGACCCAGAUCUUGGUCUUGGAGGUCAGUUAACUUUCUCUUUACUCACUCAAGUAAACCAAGCUUUACCCUUUAAGAUUUCUAACCUUGGUUUUAUUACUACAACUCGAUCUUUGGACCAUGAGCAACAAGAUGUUUUUAAAUUCAGAGUUUUAGUUAAAGAUAAUGGAAAUCCUCAGCUUAGCAACACAGCAGAUGUUGUUAUAGAAGUAUUAGAUGAAAAUGACAAUCCUCCUUAUUUUACCUUUCCUAGUGUCGACCCAUUCAGCUUGGAUGUUUAUUAUAACCCGCAGAGCAAAAACGACAUUACAGUUCUGAAAGCCUCAGAUAGAGAUAAUCGACAAAAUGCUUUUCUGAAGUAUGAAAUCCUGGAAGGAAAUAACCGACAGUUGUUUGCAGUUAAUCCUUACACAGGAGUUCUGUCUUUUUCUCGAACAGUUUACCAAAAUGAUGCUGGCUUAUAUAAUCUCAAGUUCAUUGUCAAAGACAGUGGAACUCCAGUUCUGACAGCAAAAACCACGUUAUCUAUGACUCUAACUGUCAGUAACAAAACAUCAACCAAGAUGACAGCAGUGCAGUUUCAAUCCAAUGAUAAAAUACACAUCAAUUUAUUCAUCAUAAUCAUAGUGGCAGCAGUGACAGUUUCUGUAUUACUGGUUGUUUCCAUUACUGUGUGCAUUGUCAGGAGAAACAACCAACAGAAAACACAUUAUAAAUGUGGAAUAGACCCUUCAAAGAAAUUAGUGGACAAAGGAAGCCUUUCAGGAUAUUCCUGUGCAAAACAAGUUUCUUCCAAACAUGAGAGUCCAGAUGUAUUAUUAAGUAUAGAAAAAGGUGAAGACCCACAUCUUAUAUGGCCCAGAGAUAAUCUAUCCACAAGACACCCUUUAUGCUAUGAUGGUAAAGAUACUCCAAUAGAAAUUCAUUGUGAUACUCUUUCAAGUGGAAUUCAUCAGAUAGCUAGGUCAUCACUUGAUAGGAAAGAUACAGAGGGUAUCAUUCAUCCACCCUAUCGGUACAGUGAGAUGUCUACAAUAUCAAAUGCUGACAAUGGACACAAUAUUUGCAAGAAGGGUGGAGGUACCCAUCAUCACAUUGAAGAACAAUCAGAUGAUAAAUGUGGUAAAAUGGAAAAGUUACAUCCAUCACAGAAGAAAUCAUCACCACAUACGACUGUCAUGCCAAAGAAUACAUACAACAGCACUAGGUGUUCCUAUCAAACAAAUCCUGAUAAAAAAUCCAGUGGUAAUGAUGUUAUUGCCCAAAAGACCAGUCCACUGGUCACUAGUAAUAGUAAUGUACCUCAACUACCAUGGAACCUACCAAUGAAGAACAGUUUUACUACAUACUCAAAACCAUUACCAGCAGUGCCCAAACUGCCAGACUCUUAAGCGCUUUCAUACAGUCAUAUGAGACAUUUGUUUUAUGCUAUAAAUAUUAAGACAAAAAACCCAUAUAAAGCUCAAUUAUCAAAAUGAAUUGCAUUCAUAUAAGUUAUUUUAAAGAUAAAACACCUUAUAUAUAUUAUACAUAUACAUACAUAUAUAUAAAUAUAUACAUACACAUAUACGUGCAUA